AAGAAUAAGAGACAGAACUCGAAUGCUUCAUCCACCUCCCUCUCUCUUUAUAUAUUUCUAAUUUUCCUCUCCUCCAUUCAUUUCUAAAUUCCAUUAAUCCAUAAUCUUCCGAAAUUAAUCUCCAUCAUGACGGUUAAGAAAGUUGAGAUCAAUGUGGAUAUCAAUUGUGAGAAGUGCAAAAAUGCAAUCAUGGAGGCUGUCACAGAGCUAGAAGGUGUGAAUCAGGUUGCAGUGGAUCAAGAGAAGAGCCUACUUACCGUGGUGGGUACAAUGGAUCCGGUCUCCGUUGUAGAACAGCUUAAGAAGAUCAAACAGAAACCAGUAGUAGUCAGCGUUGGACCCCCAAAACCUCCUGAGCCCAAACCAGAGCCCAAGCCCGAGUGGUGCAAGCCUUGCUAUCCUUACUACAACACCUGUGACGCCGUAACAGUUAGCACCUAUGAGAGCGGAAGCGGCUGCACCAUUGUUUGAAUCCUCUCUCCAUCUCUUAGCCUUCAUCUAAAAUUCUCCAAUCUUUAGUCAAGAAACAAGUUGUUUUUUUUUUUUUUCUUUUUUUUUGUAUAUUAGCAUCAUGUUUCAUAUUGUUUUAUCAUUUGAUGAAUCUUUGUUACUGGCACCUCUCCUGUUUUGUGAACAAGUCUUAAUAUCAUUUGAAA